AUGGCAUGGCGAGACUUUUUCGAGAAAGCAGAUCCAGAUGUCAUCAUCGGCUACAACAUAUCGAAUUUCGACUUUCCCUACCUGCUAGACCGGGCGAAGCACCUCAAGCUGACAAAGUUCCCAUACUGGUCGAGAAUCAAGACUAUGCAAUCUGUGGCCAAAGACACCAAUUUCUCGAGUAAGCAGAUGGGCAACCGAGACACGAAAGCAACGAACACCAAUGGUCGCAUUCAACUGGAUCUACUGCAGCUCGUUCAACGAGAUCAUCAGCUACGAAGCUACACUUUGAAUUCGGUGUGCGCUCAAUUCCUGGGAGAACAGAAAGAAGACGUACACCACAGCAUGAUCACGGAGCUCUUCAAUGGUACUCCAGACUCCCGUCGACGUCUAGCAGUGUACUGUCUCAAAGAUGCAUAUCUGCCACAACGGCUGAUGGACAAGCUGAUGUCACUCGUGAAUUAUACCGAAAUGGCGAGAGUAACGGGCGUUCCGUUCAACUACCUGCUUUCGAGAGGGCAGCAAGUGAAGUUCAUCAGCCAAAUGUUCCGCAAGGCCUUGGCCCAUCAGCUAGUGAUUCCGAACUUGUCCAGCGAUCAAUCAGACGAACAAUACGAGGGUGCUACCGUCAUCGAGCCCACCCGAGGCUACUAUGAUGUGCCCGUGGCAACCCUGGAUUUUGCUUCCCUGUAUCCGUCGAUCAUGCAGGCACACAACCUUUGCUACACCACUCUGCUCAACAAGACCAGUGUGGACAAGCUCAACAUGAAGAAGGACGAGGAUUAUAUUGUUACUCCCAACGGUGACAUGUUCUGCACAUCCAAGGUCCGGAAAGGGUUGUUGACUGAAAUCUUGGAGGAACUCCUGGCUGCUCGAAAACGUGCAAAGAAGGAGCUGGCCUCUGAAACGGAUGCCUUCAAGAAGGCUGUGCUCAACGGUCGUCAGCUCGCUCUGAAGAUCUCGGCCAAUUCUGUGUACGGUCUGACCGGUGCUACAGUCGGGAAGCUGCCUUGCUUGGCCAUCGCUUCUAGCACGACGUCUUAUGGUCGCCAAAUGAUUGAGAAGACCAAGUCAGAGGUCGAAUCGAAGUACACCAUAGCCAAUGGCUACUCUCACGACGCUCAGGUCAUCUACGGUGAUACUGAUUCCGUGAUGGUCAAGUUCGGCGAGAAAGAUUUGAAAAAGGUCAUGGAGAUGGGCGAAGAGGCUGCUAACUUCGUCUCGUCUAAAUUCAUCAAGCCCAUCAAGCUCGAAUUCGAGAAAGUCUACUUCCCAUAUCUGCUUAUCAACAAGAAGCGAUAUGCUGGACUGUACUGGACAAAGCCCGAGAAAUAUGACAAAAUGGACACCAAAGGCAUCGAAACUGUCCGCCGAGACAAUUGUCGAUUGGUGCAGAACGUGAUCGAGACGGUUCUUAAGAAGAUCCUUAUUGAGCGCGACCUGGAAGCUGCUCAAGACUAUGUCAAGGACACCAUCUCCGCUCUGCUGCAGAACAAGCGCGAAGCAGCCCACGUCGAGCUCGCCCAACGCAUGAAGAAACGAGACGCCGGCUCAGCACCUACUCUGGGAGAUCGUGUCGCCUAUGUCAUCGUCAAAGGCCGUGGCGACAGCAAGAACUACGAGAAGUCCGAAGACCCCAUCUACGUGCUUGAGAACAAUGUGCCGAUCGAUACGAAAUACUACCUCGACAACCAACUGGCCAACCCGCUCGGCCGUAUCUUCGAGCCCAUUCUUGGAGAGAAGAAAGCAAACUCGCUCCUUGCCGGCGAGCACACGCGCUCCAUCUCCGUCGCUGCACCGACGCUCGGUGGGCUGAUGAAGUUCGCGAAGAAGACGCAGACGUGCAUGGGUUGCAAGAAGCCGCUGGUAGGUAAGGAGGAAGCCGAUGGGGCAGUAUGCGAGAAUUGUCGACCGCGAAUCGGCGAGCUCUACACGAAGCAAGUGAAGAAGGUGGGCGAGCUGGAGGUGAGGUUUGGGAGAUUGUGGACGCAGUGCCAGCGCUGUCAGGGGAGUAUGCACUCGGAGGUGUUGUGCAGUAGUAGGGAUUGUCCGAUCUUCUAUAUGCGGAUGAAGGCAAGGAAGGAGGUCGAGGAGGCGGGAAGGGAGUUGGGCAGGUUUGAUAGUGAUGUUGGCGCGCUGUGGUGA